AUGAUAAAAAGAUACAUCAGAACGAAAGUCAUAACGAGUCUAAGCAAGUAUAAGUGCUAUAAUAUAAAAAAUGAAAAAACUUCAAAAUAUUGGCCUAACAUAGACUGUAUUGAUAAAGAAGAAGAGAAUAUAACGAAAAAAAAAAGGGAUGAUGAAAAAAAAAAAACUAUACCAUAUUAUAAAAACUAUAUGCAUGAUUUUUAUAGUAGACAAUUAAUGCACAAUUUACACUUAGUAGAAAUGAAAAAAAUGAACAAGUUAAGAAAUUUUAAAAUGCCCCAUAUACAUGCAGGGGACCUAAUAGAGGUGAAGUAUGAAUUAUCCAGAUCACAACAGACCUUUGCAAUUUUUCAAGGAUACUGCGUGGAAAUAAGAAAAAAAAGGUUAGACUCAUCUUUCAUUGUUAAGAACAUAUUUGAUGGUGUAGGAAUAGAACAGCUGAUACCGUUUUACUCACCUAGAAUUUUAUACGUCAAAGUUGUAAAGAGUUUAUACAAUUUAAAGGAAGAAAAUAUGAAAAAAUUUUAUCAAAUUAAUAAACCUAUCACAAGAGAUUACCGAUAUAUGUGGCAGUACAACUUCAGAGGGAAGUAUGAAAGGCCAAGGGGGCAACAUAAACCAGGUAUUAGAUCCCUCGAACCUAAAAUUAGAAGACGAUUAGCUAAAUUAAAAAAAAAAUAUAUGAAAAGGAGAAUUGAAAGUAAUUUAUCCUCUUAUAUUUUUGGUGGUGUAUAUGCACAGUAUACUAGAAAAAGGACUAGGUUAGUCCGAGCAGAAAUAUAUAGAAGAAUGCUCAUAUAUGCAAUGGAUGAAGAAAAUAGAAGAAAGCAAAAAUUAAUUAAAAGAAGAGAAAAAGAAAAUUGGAACACCUUUAAAAUUUGUAGAAACAAAGGAGAGAAUGCCUUUAUGGCUAUGCCGUCAAACCAUCCCCUAAUUAGCAAUCGACAAACAUGA